GCUCAGUUCAUCACUUAAAUCACGUUGAUUUUUAUUAAAGCUUAUAGUUGGAGCUGUAACCAUCUCUUUAUUGUACCUAAAGGUAUUAUAGGUAAAGAACUCAAGAACUUCAUCGUUUUCUUUCACGUCUGGAAGUUUUAGUUGUGAUGUAACUUUUUCCAGUCCUUACAUACUGUUUUAUAACUGUUGCCAUCAAGAGACGGAUAUGUUUCAAUGCACAUAUUAAACAAAUAUGUAGGACUGUUUUCUUCCAUUAGCACAGCAUCACUAAAUUUAGAAAUAUUCUGUUUUAGAGUGAUGCUGAAAAACUAGUUCAUGCAUUUAUUACUUCUAGGCUGGACUACUGUAAUUCGUUAUGAUCAUAACUGACAGGAAGUGGAAUUGAUUCACUGAACACUUCUUCCCUAUUCCUUUCUUUUCUCCUUCUGGCAAUUUUAUUUAUACAAGACAUUUUAUACAUGAGACCGAAUGUGUACGGAAACUGAAGGCAUUAAAGACAGAACAAAGCAAAACAACAACACUUAUUGACCUGUGUGAACAAAAAGGUUUUGAGUCUGUUUUUGAUCUCAAGUCAGCAGGCUGCUUGUUCCAGAAAACUGAAAGCACCCUCAACAGACUGAGAUUUGAUUCUGAGAACAGUUAAAAGACCCAGUCUGGGUUUUUGACAGUCAGCAAGUCAGAGACAUACUGGGUGGCCAAACCAUUGAGAGCUUUGUGAACUAAUAGAAGAAUGUAUAUAUAGCACUGGGAGCCAGUGAAGUAACUUCAAAACUAAGUUAAUGAGGUCAAAUUUCCAUCUACCUGUACGGAUUCUGCCUGCUGCAUUUUGAAUAAGCCAGAGAUGUUGUGCUGAUGAUUUGGUCCUUCAAAUAGAGUGCUGCAAUAAUAUAACCAACUUAAACCCAUGAAUGAGAUGAAUGCAUCUCAUAGUCAGUUUGAGACAGGAAUUUUAUAGUCCUAGAUAUAACCUUUAAGUGAUAGAAGGCAGUAUUUAAACCGUAUUUAUGUGGUUAUCAAAACAAAGAUCACUGCCCAAAAUGAGGCCAUAAAUUGAAUCUAAAUAUUUGUCUACUCUCUUACAGGCUCCUCCAGCCCUCUCACAGUUGUUGGCUGGAGAUAAAAUGUUACCACAGCAUUAAGAAAUUAGCUUUGAACAUGUCAGUAACUCCUAGAAAUGACUUUUAUUCUGUAAGCGGUCGUAAAUAAGCGCGUACAUCCUGUGUGUUAAAACUCCACAGCGACUGGUGUCUGACUGAGACUGCGCAGACGCCAGCUACGGAAGUUUACGGUUGCCUAGUAACCUUUAUCGACUGUACCCGUAACGCUACCGUGUUUUAGGUCCAAUGCAGAACCCAGGAGAUGAUGAUGGAAGGGAGGAAAGCUCCCCCCGAAAUGGGACAGAUCCCAACCUGCAGGAUGGAAGUGACGACGCUGAAGAAGACAGUGGAGCGACUGCCUCACAUUACAAAGAGGCUCAGUCACUGCCACAGCCAGAGAGCCCUGCUGCCCAGCGUUACCAUGACCUCACUAUAAUGGAUGAAAACCUCCCUGCGGCCACAAAUUUAAUGCAAGAGGAUAUUGCUCAGAUGGCUCACCGUUCACACACAUCGGAGGAGAUGGAGGAUCAUGAGCCACUGCCAGAAGAUGAGGAAGAGGAGUUGAUCAUUCUUGAUCCUGAGCAUCCCGUGGUCAGAAGACAACAAGCUGCUCUGACAAUCCAGCUUAGAAAACAGCUGGAGAGGAUUAACCAGACACUGAGGGAAAAGCAUGCAGUUGCAAAGGAUGAUGCUAGCCACAAUCAGGAAUUAGGUGUGGAGGUCUUCAGGAUUCAGGAGCAUCUGGUCAGACAGCAGAACAGGCUGCAUGACCUCCAUGAGACCAAGAACCAAGCCGAAACCAAACACCAGCAGGUUCUGAACCAGCUGGAGGAGAUAAAGAGUCAACAUUCCAGCAUGACCAGAAAGGUCUGCGAAGCCAGAGCCAAUGAGUCCCAGCUACAGGCACAGUUAGACAGCAUGACACAGUAUCUCAUCUUCAUCCAAGGAGUCAGUGAAGGUCUGCGCUCUGAAGUCAAAACCAUGAAUAACGCUAGACGCAAAGCGAGAGCUGAGAAGACCCAGGCAGAAGACCAGAAAUUAAAGCAGGAUUUAUAUGUGGAGCGACUAACAAAGGAGUUGGACAGGCUGACGCAGCAGAUAGCCAUGUAUGAGUCCAAAACCAGUGCUCAUGCAGAGGAGACACAGACAGCCAAAGAGGCUCUCUCAGAGGCUGAGAUGGAGAUGGAGUCACUGUUGGUGGCCCGUAAACAGCUGCUGCAGCAGUGGAGCAGCUGCCUCAUGGGGUUGAGGAGACGAGACGAGGCCUUCGGUGCGAUGCAGGAAGUCAUCCGUGAAACCAAGCACCAGGUGAUCUUGCUGGACAAGGACAUUGAUGGCUACAAGAAGUCCAUCAAUGCAGAGCAGGAGCAAAAUGAGAUACUGACACUGCAGCUGAAUUGGUCUCAAAUGGACUGCACCACUACCAGAAAGCUCAUCAGUGACAAGCAGGCUCAGCAAGAGGCCCUGCAGGCCCACUACAGCACAUUCCUCCUCACUCUGCAGGAGACAGAGCGAACCCUCACUAGACUCUCAAAGGAAUUUGGGUCACUCCAGGCUCAAGUGAACGAUCAGAGUAAGCAGCUGGAGAAAGAGAGUUCUGCACGGCUGGAGCUGGAAAACAACAUCAUGAGCUCCAUGCAGCAUAAGCUCCUCCACAACAACGCUGCCAAGUACUCCCAACUGCUCACUGAGAAGAUAUCCAGACUCAAAAAAGAGAAGAUGUACCAGUUGAAGCAGUCAGAGGAGGAGGUGUUGGUGGUGAAGCUGGAGAGCCAGCUGGUCAGCCAGCGAGUGGACAGCCUGGCCCUGACUCAGGAGGCCCUUGAUCAGGAGAUCACAAAGUACAACAAGUUAAUCACAGCCAUUGAGGCUAAGCUUACUUCAUCUGUUAGAGUCAUCGAGCAGAAGCAGUCAACGAUCAUCGGAUACAACUCGAAGAUUUCUCAAAUAGCGGCCACCACUGGGCAUGAUGACCUCGGUCCUCUGCACAUCAAGAUACAGUCAAUAAUAGCUCAGAUUGAGGAGCUGGCAGCAAAUAUAAAGAGCGACCAGCAGCUUUGGAUGAAGCGACAGGGGAUUCUGAUGGGACUGACCCAAACGAUAGAAGCCAACAGCAAGGAGCUGCUCAAACUGCAGGCAGAGUACACAGGAUGGCAACAGAUGAAACUCUACUUUGAGAGUCAGAUAGAAUCAGAGCACCGUGAGGAGGCUGAGCUGGAGAAGAGCUCAAAGAUGCUGAAGCGUGAUCAGCUGAAGCUCAACAUGCUGCUCAGCAAGAAAGGACAACUGAGCCAGGCUCUGCAGCAGGAAAACGCCGUGAUGGAGACAGAUUUCAUUCACAGACUUAAGAAUGCAGAGAGGGAGGCCAUUAAGAUGCAGAUGAAAGUUGAGAAGACGCAGGAGGAAAAGGAGAGGCUCUUCAACAGUCUGGUGGAAGCUGAGCGGCAAAUCAUGCUGUGGGAGAAGAAGACACAGCUUGUAAAAGAGAUGCGUUCAGCUAUGGAUGUGGGGCAGGGAGAAAGCCACACGAUGAAAGCUGAAAUACAUCGUAUGGAGGUGCGACUCAGCCAGCUAAUGAGGCAACGGGAAUGCCUGCUGAGGGACAGCGAAGCAACAGUGGCGAGAAGGGAAACCAUCGUCUUGCGCAAGGAGGCCAUGAUGAGGAACUCCCUCAAACAGGCUACACAGGGUGACCUGAGCCUCUCUAUACAGGGCCUACAGCGCAAGAUCCGGGAAGCACACAUGCAAGUGGUAGAGUAUGAGCAGGUGAUUGAGGAGCUACAAAAACAGAAGGAGAGUUUGAGAGACAGGAUCGCGCAGAGGAAGACUCAUCUCACAGAACUGUGCAGCACCAGUUACAUCCUCGACUCUGACUUUGUUAUUCUUCAGGAUACCAAAGAAAGGAACCUAGGACACCUAGUGGCUCUGCAGAGUCGGGCCAAGAGGUUGCGUACAGUGUGUGAAGGCAGCUAUCGAGCACUGUCCACCCCCGAAUCCGUGGAAGCCGCCCUGCAGAGGCAGACGGACCGCUUGCAUGCCAUCAGCACCAUCUUGCACCGCGUAUGUGAGGAGUUCCCCCAACAUCAGGGGGCGCUCCGCAGGCUGUCACGAGCGCUGUCUGAACAUGCACAGGCUGUGGAAUAGGAAACAUCCCAAAGUCAGGAAAAGAUGACGUGACAGUGCGCACUGGAAGGACAAUGCACAGGAAUGACAUGUGAGUGAAAAAAGGGAAAGCUUAGAUAAGUAACAGCCAGGGAAGGAUGACAACUUGUUCACAUUGAUGUGUGGUUUCGUUGAUGCAUUGAAAUGUUGUUUGUGAAAAAAAUUUAAGAAAUAAAAGGUAAUGAAGUUUCUAAUCUCAAACUUAAUUAUGUGGCCCACUGAAUUGUGUUAAAGUUGACCCCAAGGGCUUUUUAGACUGGCACAUUUAAAUUCCGGAUCUCCAAAAAGCCAGUUACAAAAUACCUGAAAAGCAAAAAGAUGUUUUUUGUUGUAUUAACUAAUUAUUGUGGAAAGUAAAAAUCACAGUACUUUGGUGAUCAUUAAAAUAUGUCCUGAAUUUACAAAUUGAUGACGAUUCAUCUGAUAAUCCAUGACACACUGCUCUGCCCUACAUAAGCUGCCUUUAUAGGUUCAAAGUGUCUGCAUUGGUAUUGGCAACAUUUGCAGCAUCGUACAGCAGUAAUUUACAAACAGAAGGUUUGAACAGCAGAUGAGUGAAGUGUCUGUGCUCACAAACUUCCAUAUUGGAGAUAUCUACUCACACACAAAAACUGAAGCCUGGCAGUGAUUCGUUUUACAUACACCAUCCUCAGCCAUGUUUAACAUGAGCAUUCACCAGUGUGUCACAAAUAUACAGUAAUGUGCAAAUAUGUUAAAGCCACCAAUUAGUUCUAUGUUUUGCUAUGAAAAAUAGGUGCAGGUGUAUUGUUAAAAGAUACAUCUAGUAAAUCUAAGUAUAUUAGGCAAAGUCAAAGUUUAUAGAGUUCUGAUGUUGUUGAAACACAAUAUUUGGUGUGACCAGUUUUAUUCUUCAGCUCAGCUUGAACUCUCUUAGAUGAGAUUUCUUUUAAGUAGACUUCAGUAUUGUUCUCCAGGCUGUCCUGGUCACAAAUCUAAACUUUUGAUUACAGACAAACUGGUUUGAAAGCAAACUUACAUCACUUACAGACUUACAGUAAUAGCUCUCUGUUGUUUCCUGUGUUCAUAGUCUCAUCUUCUAUUGUUGAAAAUGAUGGAUGGAGGAUUUCUAACUAUUUCUGAAGUCUUUGACCUCUAAAACCCACAAAGAAUUCCGAUUGAGCAACCUUGGAAACAGCUUCCGUUCACUGUGUCAUAACAGUUGUAUUUAGCUCAUUUCCUUCUCUUCUUCAUUAAACCUUUAACUUUACAUUUACAGUUUUGCAGAUAUUUUGUCAAACAUGUGUUCCACAUUACAUAAUAAUAUUAAUCUGAAUAUAUAAAUCUCUGUUGUGUAUUUUUUUUUCAUUCUUCAGUUCUGCUUGCUUUCAUACUGGAGAAAUUAUAAAAAUGUUAUAUACUUCAAACAGUGUUCAGUAACUCAAAAGCACUCAAGAAACAGUAAAAGUACACUCAUCACCAGGGGAGUGAACUGCCUUUGUUCAGCUCGCAUUUUGUUGUAGCAGUCAACUUCAUCAGGCUAAGGCAGCCACGUUAAUGCUUUCAGCGAAGGUAAAGUGGAAUCUUUAACACAAUUCU